AUGACCACUGGCGCUCACUGGAACAUUUUCCAGAUGGCCACCGAACAAUCAACUUCUGCAAUGGCAUCCCUGUGGGAAUGGUAUAACUCUAUGGAUGAGGGCAAAUCAAAGAUCGAUGAUCUUGGAUUUCGCGAGUUAUUCUCAGAAGAUAAUCCUGUUGUCGACAUUGUCGCCAUCCACGGCUUGAACGGCCACAGAGAAAAAACGUGGACGUCAGAAGAUGGAAAAAUGUGGCUGCGCGACUUCCUGCAAGACGACUUGCCUCGUGUUCGGGUCCUCUCUUACGGAUAUGACGCCGAUACGCACAGUCGAGAAUGUGUAUCAACCGAGACCAUACAUCGGCACGGUGAUAAACUAGUCAUGGCUCUUUCACGCGAGCGUAAAGACGCUUCUCGACGGCCAAUCAUUUUCCUCGCGCACGAUGUGGGAGGUAUUAUCCUCAAAUGGGCACUCGUAAUCUGCAACAAUAAGGACCAGGAUUCAGAUGGAAAUCUCCGAGAUAUUCUGGUAUCUACAUACUCCAUCCUGUUCUUCGGGACACCCCAUUUUGGCGUAGAAGAUCCUCUCCCCGGGACAACUGAUCGCCUUCUAUCAAUACCCAUGUAUACGACAAAUGUCAUUCUCAAAGUCCUUCAGCCAUACUCACCCGAGCUCGAAAACAUACAGAAGCUUUAUCUCGAGGUGAGCAAGAAAGUAAAAAACGUAUUCUUCUACGCGGAAUACGAGGCUCUUGUCGGAAAUCGUCGAAGGAGGCUGAACGUUCGAGCUCACUCGGCAGUCAUCCCGGGUGACCGCAGUGCCGUAUGGGAGGUACUACACAGUGACCAUCAAACCUUAGUCAAAUUCUCUUCUCGAGAUAGUGACAACUACAAGACGGUGCUUUUCUAUCUCAAGGAACAUUUCGCAAAAGCUUCACGUGCAGUAGACGACAAGUGGCUCGAUGCCAUGAGACAGGACCCCCUCAAAGCAGUUUCUGAGAUUUCUCAUCUAUUCUUUGAGGAAACCAUGACUAUAAACGAGAAGACUAAAGAGUACAAAGUACUCAGGGAUAGUCUUGAAGCACAUAUAUCCAUCUUGGAUGAAGGAUAUCUCCAGACAGUCAAGGAUGGACAUAUGGACCAAAUGCCUGACGCGCUCAAGGAGUUCAACGAUGCAUGGAAACAUUACAUUGUCACUCUAAGAAACAUACUCGCCAGAAUGGAUGGGUUGAAGCGCAGUAGAGAUCAAGGCGUCAAAGGAUCUAUCGAAAAGAUCAAGGGCGCCAAAUUUGACACAGGAGAUAUUGCAGACUACAAACAGGAAAUCUUACAAGCGACACGCAUAUGCAAGGAUGCGGCCAAUUUCUGUCAAAAUCAGCUGCAAGCGGAAGUGUGGAAAGUAGCCCGACUCGAGCCCGAAAAGCCUCGUCCAAUGGGCACUCAGCACAAGACGUGUCUACCAGGUACACGUAUAGCGAUUCUGCGGGAAAUUCGGCAAUGGCGUCUGGACCCCAAUGCAGACAAGUGCAUCUUUUGGCUCUGUGACGUUGGUGGGUCUGGAAAGUCUACAGUCGCGUUGACAAUGUGCGAGGAAUGGGAUAAUACCGAAGGUGUUCUGGUUGGUCGGUUCUUCUUUUCGAAGAACGCUCGUCAGACGUCGGAGACAGAUGACUUUUGUCCUGUCAUCGCAGAUGAUAUCAGUGGUCAAAACAAGAUGAUCCUGAAGCAAAUAAAGACGAUCAAAGAAGAAGAUCCCAAUCUUCCCCGGCGAGGGCUACGCCAUCAGUUCUCUAAGCUGAUCGAAGAACCAUUGCAGCUUGCAGGGACAUAUAUUGUCCUUGUGAUCGACGCAAUGGAUGAGUGCAAGGAGGAGAUGCGGGGAGAAUUGAUCAAACUACUGGUUGAGAAGCUUUCAUCAAUGCCUAAACUCAAACUCUUUAUAACGAGCCGGCCAGAGCCAGACAUCACGGCGAUACUCCAGGGUAGAGCGAUUGUACGCGGAAUGCAUUUCAAGAUGCACGGCAAAGAGCAGCAGUCCAACUUGGAUGAUAUUAGGUCCUACGUCGACGUACAUCUUGUCAAACUGCUUACCGCGCCUCAGCGCCAGCAGAUUGUGGAACGCUCAAAUGGACUUUUUAUUUGGAUCACGACAGCACAUCUCGAGCUACGAGGGGCUCAUGGUCCGGAUGCACUUGGUGCAACUCUCAGAUCCCUCUUGACGCGAGGCAAGGGUGGAGAUAUUAACCAGGUUUAUACAAGCAUCCUUCGUCGGCUACGACGAGAGACGUCCAGUGGCACUAUACACAAGAUUAUGGGCACUCUCCUAACCUUGUUCGAACCAGUGUCGACAGAGGCUCUUGGGGAGAUGACUGGGAUCGCAGACUCUGAGCUAGAGCCGAUCUUAGAGUCGAUGCAGAGUGUAUUUCGGGUGGAUACUGUGGUAGAGUUUCUGCAUCCAACGUUCCAAGAAUACCUUCUCGGUCCACACAAUGUGGAUAUGCCAUUCAAGUCGACAGCAAUGCAAUCAGACUUGGCCGUAUCUAUCCUCAAAGUGCUUCAGGAGGAUCUGAAGGAGGACAUUUGCGGCAUUUCCCUGCCAAACAAACCUUAUCCAAAGACUGCAGACAUCGUGGAUCUGGAUGAACGUCUAGAACAAUUAUGGGCUAGGUCUCCGGCACUACCUUAUGCGGCAAAGUACUGGGGCUAUCAUGUGAGCACCGUUGUAACGGAUGGACAUGUUGCCCAGAUGCUGCGAAGGUUUUUAGCAAGUCAAAUUUUGUACCUCGUGGAGCUGUUAAGCUUGAUGGAUCAUGUACAUCUUAUUCGAAAUUUCGAGGAGAUUCGGCGAAGUUGUGAAUACCGAGGGUUGGGUGAUGAGUCCGAGGUAUGCCAUGAUACAGUUAGACUUGUCCAGAGGCAUCAAGAAACACUAGAGAAGAGUGCGCUGGAUAUCUACUCUUCAGGGCUACUAUUCCUCCCUCGAAAGUCACAACUGUGGACGAUAUACAAGAGCAAGUUUUCAGAUCGACUACCAAGAAUCAUUGGAGGACCAUCAGUGCAUUGGCCCUCACACCAGACUUUGACUGGACAUACCGAUUCUGUCCAGUGUCUGGCCUUCUCGCCAGAUGGGCGCCGUCUUGCGUCUGGAUCUGGGGAUGGCACUGUACGCCUGUGGGAUGGGACCACCGGUGCAAGCCUUGGGACGCUUGAGGGACAUACCGGUCCUGUCCAAUGUCUGGCCUUCUCGCCAGAUGGGCGCCGUCUUGCAUCUGGAUCUGGGAUGGCACUAUGGGCGCCGUCUUGCAUCUGGAUCUGGGAUGGCACUGUACGCCUGUGGGAUGGGACCACCGGUGCAAGCCUUGGGACGCUUGAGGGACAUACCGGAGAGGUCUCGUGUCUGGCCUUCUCGCCAGAUGGGCGCCGUCUUGCAUCUGGAUCUGGGAUGGCACUAUGGGCGCCGUCUUGCAUCUGGAUCUUGGAUGGCACUGUACGCCUGUGGGAUGGGACCACCGGUGCAAGCCUUGGGACGCUUGAGGGACAUACCAAUUGGGUCCAGUGUCUGGCCUUCUCGCCAGAUGGGCGCCGUCUUGCAUCUGGAUCUGGGGAUCGCACUGUACGCCUGUGGGAUGGGACCACCGGUGCAAGCCUUGGGACGCUUGAGGGACAUACCGGAGAGGUCUCGUGUCUGGCCUUCUCGCCAGAUGGGCGCCGUCUUGCAUCUGGAUCUCAGGAUCGCACUGUACGCCUGUGGGAUGGGACCACCGGUGCAAGCCUUGGGACGCUUGAGGGACAUACCGGAGGAUGGGCGCCGUCUUGCAUCUGGAUCUGGGAUGGCACUGUACGCCUGUGGGAUGGGACCACCGGUGCAAGCCUUGGGACGCUUGAGGGACAUACCAGUGAGGUCUCGUGUCUGGCCUUCUCGCCAGAUGGGCGCCGUCUUGCAUCUGGAUCUGGGGAUCGCACUGUACGCCUGUGGGAUGGGACCACCGGUGCAAGCCUUGGGACGCUUGAGGGACAUACCAGUCCUGUCCAGUGUCUGGCCUUCUCGCCAGAUGGGCGCCGUCUUGCAUCUGGAUCUGGGGAUGGCACUGUACGCCUGUGGGAUGGGACCACCGGUGCAAGCCUUGGGACGCUUGAGGGACAUACCAGGGUCCAGUGUCUGGCCUUCUCGCCAGAUGGGCGCCGUCUUGCAUCUGGAUCUUGGGAUGGCACUGUACGCCUGUGGGAUGGGACCACCGGUGCAAGCCUUGGGACGCUUGAGGGACAUACCAGUCCUGUCCAGUGUCUGGCCUUCUCGCCAGAUGGGCGCCAUCUUGCAUCUGGAUCUGGGGAUGGCACUGUACGCCUGUGGGAUGGGACCACCGGUGCAAGCCUUGGGACGCUUGAGGGACAUACCAGUUGGGUCCAGUGUCUGGCCUUCUCGCCAGAUGGGCACCGUCUUGCAUCUGGAUCUCGGGAUCGCACUGUACGCCUGUGGGAUAUCACCACCCCACCCAGUUUGGAACCUCCUUAUGCACUCAAUCAUGCUCCCAGGCAUUUAUAUUUCUUCCAAGGUGGACAUUUCUUACAUGUGGACAAUGGACCAGUACUCAAUGUCUCCCACAAUCGCCUUCAGUCACUCUCAUCUCCAUGUCCAAGUGUCACGCCCAGCCAUGAGCAUUCCACAGUAGCUGUUGACUACACCAGUCAGGAGCUGUGGUCU